AUCAUCUCAGAAUGUGACCUUCUGAAAUCGGCGAAUAUCACCGAACCAAUUCAUCCUUCAGGACUUGUUUCUCCUGCACACCGAACUCAUGAAGAAUCUAACAGUCUUAGGACUAGAGUCAACCAAUCCUUCGACGACGCCUCUAGUCGUAUCUUAGGGCCAACUUUUCCUGCUCUGAAUCUGCCGUCUAAUCCUGAUCCAAAAUUUACUGAACUCUGCCAUAUGGAAGGACUGUCACACACUCUUGGACAUCCUUGUCGGCCCUCAUUGGUCUCCGUUUCAAUGCCUCCACUUUCGAUCGGCUCGCAGACCCAUUCACCUGUUUAUUUGGCGAGCUCAAUUAUUCCUACCACAAACAGCGAUCCCCUCAGUAACUCGAAUGGUUACCAGCGCUUAGUUCUGCCGCCAGGCCAGUGUAUUGCCUCCACUCCUGCAACCGCUGAAAUCACUACUUGCAAUUCUGCGGUAACAUCCACCGAAAACAUCCACUCUAUCUCAGACUCAGUGCAGCUAUCAGACAUCCAUAGUCCUGGAUAUAUCCGUUGCCUAUCAAUGUCAUCGACAGCUUCUGGCGGUGAUGACAGCGCUGGUGAAUGCACUUAUGAUGAGGUUACAGUGGCUGCCUCUGACUUGGAUAUCGGUUCCCAGGGCAUAACCCAAAUGAGCAGCAAUCAAGACUAUAAGAGUGAAAAUGAGGGCGAAGAAAGGGAUAGUGAAACGGGCAUAAAAUUAAUUCUACCCGAAGAUGUUCUAUUUUUCCCAGCUAUUCUCAAGCAGACGCACCGAUGCCUGAGCGAUCCGUCUGACCAUUUUCUACCCAUGUCCGGCCAUGUAACUGAACUGAGUUUGGGAGAUAAAGUUGAACAGAACUCCUUGGACAAUCACGAUAGCCAUCCGGUAUUGACCGCAGAAAUGUCCCCAUUACCACCGAUUUGCUCUAUGGAAGAUGAGAAAAUCUACUCGAAUAGCUCUGUAGGGGAAACCAAUUCCUCAGUUUUGGCGGUUGAUGAGAACUGCGAGUAUCCGGCGCAGGAGACGAUGAGGUGUUUAGAUGAUAAACGAACUGCUGACGAUUAUCGCGAUGUCAUACAGGUGGAAAAAGAGAGUAAGUGUCCUCCAUCACAAGUAUUGUAUAAGUUUAUUAUGAGCAUGCGCGCCACAAUUAAUACUUGUGAAGCAGAAGCGAAUAAAAUCAGUCUUUGUCUCAUGGCAUAA